ACAUAUAAAAAUGUUGAAAAGGAUACUAUUGAAGCCAUUUACAAAUUCCCGCUUUAUGAAGCAGCUGCGGUAUGUGGGUUUGAAGCUGAAAUUGAUGGAAAGAAAAAAGUUAAAGGAAUAGUUAAAGAAGCAAAACAGGCUGUGAAAGAAUAUAAUGAGGCUAUUGAGUUUAUUUACACACAACGUCAUGGGGCUUAUCUCGUCGAAGAAGAACAACCAGAUAUUUUCCAAUGUUCCGUUGGCAAUAUCACACCUGAUCAAACGAUUGUUAUUAGAAUUACAUAUGUAACCGAACUAAAACAUGAUGCUGAAUCUGAAAAAGUUCGAUUGGUUUUCCCUACUGCCAUUGCUCCACGGUAUGGUUCAUCUGGUUAUUCACUUGCAAAUUGGAAAAAACUUAUUCCUGAUAAAAUAUCUUAUUCAAAAAAGACAGACUAUUAUUUAGAUCUUAAUAUUACAUGUAGAAUGACUUCUGUUAUUCAAAGCAUCGAAUCACCAUCUCAUCAUAUUUCGACUGAAUUAAAUAUUGAUGGUAGUCCAAAUGUUUCAAAAAUUACUCUAGCUGAACAAAUUACUCAUUUAGAAAAUGAUUUUAUACUUGUUAUUAAAAGUCUGGUUCAAUGCAAGGUGAAAGCAUCCGAUACACUCCAAUUACUUCUUCGUUCAUUACCCGAAAAUUGCACAUUUAAUGUGGUAUCAUUCGGAUCUCGCUUUGAUUCUCUAUUUAAAAAAAGUCAACCUUAUUCUGAAGGAAUUUUCUCAAAAGCUCUCAAACAUGCUCAAGCAAUGACUGCAAAUUAUGGAGGAACUGAAAUUUAUAAUCCUAUAAAAUGGGCCAUUGAAAACUCAAAGAAUGAUAUGCCUACUUCCAUUUUCCUUAUUACUGAUGGUCUUGUUUACAAUGUUGAUCAAAUUGUAGAACUUAUUAAUUCUUGUGAAGAAAAGAAAAAGUAUGAUUUAAUAGUUUUUUCAAUUGGAAUUGGUGAUGAAGUUUCUCAUAAUUUAGUUGAGUCUGUUUCCCGUGCUGGCAAAGGGUAUUUAAAAUUUGUUACAAUUUCUGAACGAAUGGACAAAAAGAUUCUUGGAAUGUUAAAAAAUGCUAUAAAAUCUCCUAUUAAAGAUUAUAAUAUUACUUGGACUGACCAGGUUAAUAAACCAGUUCUUAGUUUCUUUAGCAAUAAAAUUACACCUUCACCAGCUGCUCAAAACAUCCUUACGGACAUAAAAAUUCAACAAGCUCCAUUCAUAAUCCCACCAAUUUAUCCUGGUGUUCGAUUUAUAGUUUAUUGCACCUUAGAAAAGGGUGUUAAAGCUUGUAAAGAGAUUAUAUUGAAUGCAAAUUCUUAUAAUGGCCCUAUAAAGCUUUUUAUUCCAUUAGAUCCUGUAAUUUUACAAGGGACAAAAAUACAUACACUUGCAGCCAGAAAACUUAUUCAAAAUCUUGAAGAUGGAACUUCAUUUAUUCAUAAACAUCCAAUGAAUAGGGGAAAAAGUAUACCAAACACACUUAUUCGUGAACAAAUAGUGAAAUUGGAUAAUAAGUUAGUAUCUGAGGCAAAAACUCUUCCAAGUCAAAGGGUAGUUCCAGUUUCUGCUCCUGACACAUCCCUUGUUGCAGCAGAAUAUUGUUCGAUGCCUAUUAGAUCUAAUUUUGGUUUUGGUAGUAUUGUUAAGUCUUUAUCCAAAUAUUUAAGUGAUGAAUCUUGCGGAGUUAAAUAUUUAAGUGAUGAAUCUUGCGGAGUUAAAGAAACUUGGGAAAUUGAUGAUUCUUCAGCACCAGCUAUUUCUGUAAAAUCAAUACCUCCAAAGAUUGAAACUCUUUAUAAUUUUCUCGAUUUUCAAUCAUUUGAUGGUUCAUUUUUGCCAUCUACUAAAUUUUAUUCUUGGUUUGAUAAAAAAGAAUUUAAAGAUUUUGAAAUUACUGGAAUUGAAAAUGAGAAAGUAUUAUGUUUGGCAUUAGCGAUGGCAUAUUUAGAAAUUAUAAUGUUUGAAACAUUUAAGGAAGAAUGUGAAAUGUGUUAUGAAAAAGCUAAAAAGGUUUUGAAAAAAGAAGUUGGUGACGAUGAGCAAAAGUUCAAUGAGAUUUUGGAAAAAGCCAAAGAAUGGGCUAAAAAAUGGGUGCCGAAUAAUUGCUUAGUAUUGAUAG